GGGGAGCGGCGCGAGGCCAAGCCCGGGCUCCAGCUUUUGCACCGAGGGGGCGGUGCGGGGAAAAAAAAGGAGAGCGCGAGAAACGAGCGACCCGACGCAUUCCCUGGCAAAAACAAACCCCAAACAAACUCUACGCAGCGCGCAGCAAAAUCCGACCGCCUCUACAAGGAGAGCCAAGAUGUUUGUGAAGCCGGAGAACCUGGAACUGAAGGAGGAGGAAGCGCUGCUGCUUGGAGCCCGCUCGCCGCCCGCCUCCUCCUCUUCUUCCUCUUCCUCCUCCUCCUCCUCUCUGACGCAGUUCUCGUCCGGCUCCGAAGGGGAGGACGACGAGGAGGAAGAGGCGUCCCAGCUCCUCUCGCCCUCGGGGCAGAGGGAGGGCGUCCCCGGAGCGGCUUCCGAGCUGGCUCACCUGCGCCACCUGGGCCUGAGGCGCCACGACUGCAAGCGGCGCUCGGCGGGUCGGGCCCGGAGCGGCUCGCGGGCAACCAAGACGGUGGAGACCGUGCAGCGCCUGAAGAAGAGCCGGCGCCUGAAGGCCAACAACCGCGAGCGCAAUCGCAUGCACAACUUGAACUCGGCACUGGACGCCUUGCGCGAGGUGCUGCCCACGUUCCCCGAGGACGCCAAGCUCACCAAGAUCGAAACGCUUCGCUUCGCGCACAACUACAUCUGGGCGCUCAGCGAGACGCUCCGUCUAGCCGACCACGGCGUCGGUGGCGUCGGUGGGGCAGCCGUGGCGGCGGCAGCGGCCGCCUUCUCGGAGGCGGUGCUGGGCAGCGCCGACGGCAGCCCUUCGCCAGUCUCGUCCUGGAGCUGCACCACCAGCCCGGCCCCGUCGGCUGCCUCCUCCUCUUCUUCGACGUACAGCUGCACUCUGUCCCCCUGCAGCCCUGGGGGCAGCUCAGCCUCGGAGCUGGACUACUGGCAGCCGGACAAGCAGCGCUACGCGCUGUCCAGGGACCUCAUCUGACGCCCCCAAGGUUAUUCUCGCUCUCGCGCGGCCUCCUGGUCAAUGCUUGACGCUGAACUGUCGCAGUCGAGCGCGGCGCCCAGGCGCCCGCUCACCAAACAAGGACCGAGGGACUUGGGCGCGAUCCCGGGGAGAGUUGGGCCGCUCGGGGCCGGCCCAGCCGCCGGGUUUCACCUCCUCGGGCUUCCCGGAGAGGCGUGAAUGUCUUGGGUCUGUCCUCUCCUCCCUUUCGCCAUGCCAGCUCCGCGUUGGCGGUGCCUGGCGCGGCAUCUGCCGGCUUCCCAUCGCCCGCCUGGAGGCUGUGGGAAUUUCACCUGUCAAACCAAACUUUCUCUUUCUGAUGUGCACUUUCCCACAUUGGCCAGGCACAAUGUCUUUUGUCCUUCGCCUUCUCUCUCUGACACAUUCACGCGCUCCCUCUCUCAGACGCACACAUUUCUCCUUCCUCGACGCCCCCUUCCCCAUUUUGCCACCUGUCUCUCCGAUGAUUUAUCGGAAAUGGCUGGAUGGAAAAAGGAGAAAAAGAAAGUUUUGGGCUCUUUGUUUGUUUGUUUGUUUGUUUGUUUGUAGAUCGGGUGAGAAGUCAUUGUAUAAUUUGUAGGUUUUUGUCACGGCUGAAUGCAAGCGUGGAAAUUUAGGCGGAACUCUUUAUUAUAAGGGUUU